UUGGUCCGUAUAAAUACCAUGUUGACAGUGAACUAGAGCACAGUUCAAUCUGCAGCAUUCAACAGUGAACAAGUCACCAAAACAUCUCAACAUGGCAUUCAAGUUUGUGAUCUUCGCCGCAGUGGUGGCCGUUGCCCGCGCUGGCCUCAUUGCUUCGCCAGCAGUUUCCUACGCUGCUGCUCCGGCUCUCGUUGCUGCCCCAGUCGCCAAGGUCGCUUAUGCCGCUGCCCCGAUCGCCAAGGUCGCGUACGCCGCCCAGCCAGAGGAGUACGACGCGAACCCGCAGUACUCGUUCUCGUACGGCAUCUCGGACGCCCUGACCGGAGACUCCAAGUCCCAGCAGGAGUCGCGCAGCGGAGAUGUUGUCCAGGGAUCGUACUCCGUCGUUGACCCCGAUGGCACCAAGCGUACCGUUGACUACACUGCUGACCCGCACAACGGAUUCAACGCUGUCGUCCGCCGUGAGCCUCUGGCCGCCAAGACCAUCGUCGCUGCUGCCCCGGUCGCCACCAAGGUCAUUGCUCAGCCCGCCAUCGCUUAUGCCGCCCCGGUAGCCAAGACCAUCUCGUACGCCGCUCCGGUCGCCACCAAGACCUACGUGUCGCAGCCAGCUCUGUCCUAUGCCGCCCCUCUGACCAAGACCUAUGUGUCGCAGCCAGCUCUGUCCUAUGCCGCCCCUCUGACCAAGACCUACGUGUCGCAGCCAGCUCUGUCCUAUGCCGCUCCAGUGGCCAAGACCAUCUCUUACUCCGCUCCUCUGGCCACCAAGACCUACGUGUCGCAGCCGGCUAUCUCUUACGCCGCUCCUCUGGCCACCAAGACCUACGUGUCGCAGCCGGCUCUGUCGUACGCCGCCCCAGCCUACGCUUACCAGCACUAAAUCCUGAAAAGACUUGAUUGGACUGUUACAAAAUGAAGGUUAUUUAUUGCAAGAAAAAGGCAAAUACAAAAUAGUCAUCCUAAAACAUA